CCUUCAUCAAGACUUCGCGUCUCUGACUUCGAUUUAAGCUUUCCUUGAUUCUAAUUCGAGAUAAGUUGCUGCUGGAAUCUUAAAGAUGGCAGACUCAAGGAACGGUGAUACCUACGUCAUUGAUGUCAUGAAGUUCAUCUCACGUACAAGAGCCUUGUAUGCACACUGGAAUGAGCACAUUGCAGACAUAUGGGGAUCUGCGGACGCUCUUGCCGUAGCUACACAUCCUGCUACUAAUGAUCUUCGCUACCUGAAGUCCUCUGCUUUGCAUAUUUGGCUUCUUGGGUAUGAGUUUUCUGACACUAUAAUGGUCUUCAGCUCAAAGCAGAUCCAUUUCUUGUGUAGCAAGAAAAUAGCAACUCUGCUUGAAGUUGUGAAACAACCUGCACAUGAUGAGUUGGGGAUCGAUGUUGUCAUGCAUGCAAAGGCUAAAGGUGAUGAUGGAAAUGGGCCGAUGGAUGCUGUACUCCGUGCCAUCCGUGAUGGAAAGGAGUCCCAAGUUGUGGGACACAUUGCUCGUGAAGCUCCUGAAGGUAAGCUUCUCGAGAAGUGGACUGAAAGGCUAACGAAUGCUAAGUUCCAGUUCCAGUUUGUUGAUAUCACUGCGGGGUUGUCUGAUCUCUUUGCUGCUAAAGACGGAACAGAGAUUAUUAAUGUGAAGAAAGCAGCGUAUCUUGCCUCCAGCGUGAUGAAAAACGUUGUUGUUACAAAACUUGAGAAGGUCAUUGAUGAGGAGAGAGAUGUCACCCACUCUCUGCUGAUGCGUCUCACGGAGAAAGCGAUACUUGAUCCGACGAAAGCCGGUGUGAAGCUGAAGCCAGAGUGUGUUGACAUAUGCUACCCUCCAAUAUUUCAAAGUGGAGGCAAGUUUGAUCUCAAGCCUAGUGCUGUAAGCAAUGAUGAUCUGCUCGCUUACGAUCUAGGGAGCAUCAUUAUAUGUGCUGUUGGUGCUCGGUACAAUAGUUAUUGCUCUAACGUGGCCAGGACAUACCUAAUAGAUGCAACUAAUCUCCAGAGCAAGGCUUAUGAAGUUCUUCUCAAGGCACAUGAGGCUGCUAUUAAUGCUAUGAGGCGAGGAAGAAAGUUAAGCAGUGUCUAUCAAGCUGCACUUUCAGUGGUCGAAAAGGAAGCCCCUGAGUUGGUUGACAAGCUGACUAAAUCUGCUGGGACUGGUAUCGGUCUUGAGUUCCGAGAGUCUGGAUUAAACAUCAAUGCAAGGAAUGAUAAAGUGUUGAGAUCACAGAUGGCGUUUAAUGUGUCACUUGGUUUCCAGAACAUGGAAUGUGAGAGCAAGAAGAAGAAAUUCUCGCUUUUUCUGGCCGACACUGUUAUUGUUAAAGAUGAGGAUCCUGAGAUUUUGACGGGCAAGUGCUCCAAACUUGUUACAGAUGUGAGUUACGACAAAGAAGAGAAGCCCUGCAGGAAGAAGGCAAGGAGGACCAGCGGUCCUGAGAGCUACUUCAUCAACAAGACAUCUCUUAGAUCAUAUAAUAAUAAUAAUAAUAAUAAUAAUCAUGUGGUCUCGAAAGAUGAGCUGCGGAUGCGGAAUCAGCACCAGGCAGAGCUUGCACGCCGGAAGAAUGAAGAAACUGUCAGAAGGCUUGCUGGUGACGGCAGCUCCGGUUCUACUGCAAAGACUUCAACUGAUUCGGUUGCCUACAAGAACGUUAACGAUGUGCCUCAACCUCGUGAUUUGAUGAUGAUGAUCCAGGUUGAUCAGAAGAAGGAGGCUGUAUUGUUACCCAUCUAUGGUAGCAUGGUUCCAUUCCAUGUGUCGAACCAGCAGGAUAGCACCCGGAACAACUACAUCCGUAUAAUUUUCAGUGUCAUAACUCUGAAGAACCAGGGUGCUAUAUACCUCAAAGAGGUUACGUUCCGGUGCAAGGAUUCAAAGCGUAGCAGUGAAGUGGUUCAGGCGAUUAAGACCCUUAGACGGCAAGUCAAUGCCCGAGAGUCCGAAAGAAUUGAAAGGGGGACGCUGGUGAACCAGGAGAAGCUUCAGCUUGCAGGAAACAAGUUCAGACCCCUCAGGCUGUCUGGUCUGUGGAUCCGCCCGCAGUUUAGUGGUCGGAAGAGGGUUCCUGGGGCACUCGAAGCUCACGCCAAUGGUUUCAGAUACUCAACGACUAGGCCUAAUGAGAGGGUAGAUGUCCUGUUUGCAAACGUAAAACAUGCGUUUCUCCAGCCGGCUGAGAAGGAGAUGCUCACCACACUGCAUUUCCACUUGCACAACCACAUCAUGCUGGGAAACAAGAAGACAAAGGACGUCCAGUUUUACGUGGAGGUGAUGGAUGCUGUGCAGUCUCUAGGCGGUGGUGGAAGGAGAUCAUCACCAUCGGCCUAUGACCCAGGCGAGAUUCUUGAAGAGCAGAGGGAGCGCGAUAGGAAAAACAAGAUCAACGUGGAUUUCAAUCAUUUCGCAACACGUGUCAGUGCUCUUGAGUUUGAACAACCGUUGAGAGAGCUUGGUUUCUCUGGCGUCACGGACAAGGCACGUGUUUUCAUCGUCCCGACAUCAAGCUGUUUGGUUAUGCUCACCGAAACCCCGGUUUUGGUGGUUAGUCUGAGUGAGGUUGAGAUUGUGAAUCUCGAGAGAGUCGUGUUUGGGCAGAAGUACUUUGACAUGGCCAUAGUCUUCAAGGACUUCAAGAAAGAUGUCCUCAAGAUCAACGCAAUCGACACAAGUUAUCUAGAAGGGAUAAAGAAGUGGCUUGACGCUAUCGAUAUUAAGUACUACGAGAGCAAAGCGAAUCUCAUGUGGAGACCGAUCCUCAAGAGAAUCACGGAUGAUCCUCAGGGCUUUAUAGACGAUGGAGGUUGGGAGUUUUUGAACUUGGAAAGAAGCGAUUCAGAACCUGAGGAGUCAGACCAAGGAUAUGAGCCACCAGAUGCAGAGGAUGAGUCUGAGUCGGAGGAUGAGGAUUCUGAGAGCGAGUCAGAGAGGACCAAGAAGAAGAAGAAGAGGACUACCGAAGAAGAGAAAUGUAAGAGACGAUUAUCAAUUAUGUAA